GCGGUCUUAUCGGCUUUUUAAGUGGGAGGAAUUCCCCGUCUUCCCCCCAGUCCGUUCCCGACCGUGCGACGAUGGAGGGCCGCUUCCACGACAACAUCCAGACGGUGUACGACCCGGGGCAGCUCGGACCUUCGGAGAAGAAUGCGAACGGGGACGCGGAUUCCAUCCAUAAGCCUGAGCCGACCGGGGCCGGUAGCAAAAACCCCCUCGUUGAACCCAAAGAGGAUUCUGAUCCGGCGCAGCAAUCGGGGAAGUUCUAUCUCCUACUUCCCUUUCGACUUCUCAUCAUCUUCAUUUCUCUUUAUUUCUUCAUAUGUUCCUUGCAUCUGCUGUCCUCGUCCUUCCGGCUUCUCGGCGGGAGGGCCGCAAGUCAGAUAUUUUCGGACGCGGACUUGCUGCAGAAUCCGGUCGUGGACGUCGUGAUCGGGAUCCUGGCCACGGUCCUCGUCCAGAGCUCUUCCACUUCCACGUCCAUCAUCGUUUCUUUGGUUACGGCAGGAAGUGAGGAAGAAAUCGUUGACUCCCCCGCUUUUUCAGUCAUGACAGUCCGCCAGGCGAUCCCGAUGAUCAUGGGGGCCAACAUCGGAACCUCGGUCACGAACACGAUCGUGGCGCUGAGCCAAAUCGGGAACCGCGACGACUUCCGCCGGGCCUUCACCGGCGCCACCAUCCACGACAUGUUCAACUGGCUCUGCGUCAUCGUCCUCCUCCCCGUCGAAAUGGCCACCCGUGAGUGCCACCCUGCCACCCGAGGGAUCGAUCUCGUCGCGUCCGAUCUCGUCCGUUUGCAGAUCUCGUUAACGAUGUUCCGUCGAAGGAUCGUACGGCGUCAAAAUUACUUGGAGAGAGUGAGCGACUUGAUGACGAGAAACGUCGGGACUCAAGACGCCGAGGUCCAACUCCUCUCCGCCAUCACGGACCCUUUCGUCGAUCGCAUCGUUCAGAUCGACAAGAACGUUCUGAACGGAUGGGCCGAAAACGACCCCUAUUACAACAACGCGAGUCUUUUGAAGCACUGCACGGGAGACAGCGGGGAGUCGUGCUGCUACUUUUUUUCCGACACGGGGAUGAGCGACGCCGGCGUGGGAGGGCUCCUUCUCGUCUUGUCUCUCGGCUUGAUGAUCUACUGCCUCCUCACCAUGGUCAACAAACUCAAUCUCAUCCUCCAAGGUCUGCGUUCCCUGGGCUUCAUCCCAAAGCGUCUUUCAUUCACAGGCACGUUCGCAGCGGCGACGAAGAAAUACGUGAACGCAGAUCUUCCUGGAGUCCCGUGGCUGACCGGCUACGUCGCCAUAGUCGUAGGAGCCGGCAUGACCUUCCUCGUCCAAUCCAGCUCCGUCUUCACUUCCACCUUGACUCCUCUGGUGGGGAUCGGGGUCAUCUCGGUCGAAAGGAUGUACCCGUUGACUCUGGGAUCCAACAUCGGUACCACUUCCACGGCGAUCUUGGCCGCUAUGGCCGCAGACGGAGACAAAUUGAAACCCUCACUCCAGGCCGCCUUCUGUCACCUUCUCUUCAACGUCACAGGAAUCUUGCUCUUUUACGUCGUUCCCUUCAUGAGAUUCCCCAUCCCCUUGGCCAAGAUUUUGGGCGAGACGACAGCCAAGUAUCGAUGGUUUGCAGCCAUCUACUUGUUGAUCAUGUUCUGCCUCUUUCCCCUCUUGGUCUUCCUUCUUUCCCUGGCCGGGAUAUGGGUGUUGUUGGGGGUCGGAGGUCCCUUCCUAUUGGUCCUCAUUGCUGCUGUCGUCAUCAACAUCCUUCAGAGAAAGCGACCCGAUUGGUUGCCUCCAGUCCUGAAGAACUGGAAGUUCCUGCCCAGACCCCUCCACAGCCUGGAGCCCUACGACACCUUCAUGAUGAGACUCCCCUGCUGUGGCGUAUGUCGGAAGGCCGCUGAAGCGUCUGAGGAAGCCGAGAGAUUCCCCGUCUGA